AUGCAGCGAUUCAACCCCUUUGGCAUCUCUUGCCUAGCUACUCUCCUCACUUUCUGUCUCGCAUCUGCACAGUCGGCUCCUGAACCAAGUCCCCUAUGGCCGCUGCAGACCUUCCAGAGCACAAAUAUCCAGACCCCUUACUUCAACGUCACGAAGAAGGGCCAGACGGAGCCUGGAUAUAUAUUCUUCAGCCCCAGAGACACACAGCGGAAGAUUGGCCAUCCUGCUAUCUUUGAGGAUAAUGGCCAGGUUGUGUGGAAGGGCCCCGACGACGCAAGUACCUAUGGCUUCAAGCCGCAACUUCUAGACGGCAAGCCGGUGAUUGUCAGCUGGUUCGGCUAUGUCAACGACACUGGCUUCGGACUGGGAUCCAUGAGCAUAUUCGAUAGCUCCUAUGAGAGGAUCCACGAGGUCACCCUACCCGGGGACGAUGAAUACUUCAAGACCAUCUAUGAGCCCAAGACGUUCCCGUCCUACAUGGACAACCACGAAGGCCAGAUCACCGAGCAAGGAACCAUCGUCGUGACGGUCGUCAACGUCACCGAGGCGGACCUUCGACCUGUUGGCGGACCCGAGCAGGGCUGGGUCGUAGACGGAGGGUUCUACGAGAUCGAUAUCAAGACGAACGAGGUCCUGUUCCGCUGGAGUGCCCGAGAACACAUUGAUGAAAUCCCUGUCACCGUAUCUCACAAGCCGCUUGGAGGUGCUGGAACAUCCUCCAAGGAUCCCUGGAACUACAUCCACAUCAACUCCGUCUUCAAGUCCGGGGACUCUUAUAUCGUCUCGUCUCGAUAUUCAUGCACAAUCUUCCUCAUCUCCAAGGAAGGCGAAAUUGUCUGGCGACUCAAUGGCGUAGACGGCGGCGACUUUGAACUCGGACCUGGCGCAAACUUCUGCUACCAGCACGAAGUCCGCGUAGAAAGCCACACCGUCGACAAGAUCACUCUCAGCACCCACAACAACGAGAACGCAGACUUCACGCCCGCCAACGAGACAAAACCAACCACCGGAAUCAUCUUGGAUCUCGAUCUAACCGCCAAGAAAGCUACGUUGAGUCGCUCUGUAUGGAAUGCCCAAACCCCCGUCAUCUCUCGAGCCCAGGGAAGCUACCAGGUGCUCGGGAACGGACAUGUCUUGAUGGGCCAGGGUGCGAUUCCCGUGAUCGAGGAAUACGAUGCCAACGGCGCAAUUGUCAUGAAUGCACGCUUCGGCAUCGACAACAAGGUGACCUCUUACCGGGCAUACCGCAGUGCCUGGGUUGGGACGCCAAAGACGAAGCCGAACGUGAAGGCCUGCGGUGCUGAUCCCGACGGCAAGGUUGUGGUUCAUGUGAGCUGGAACGGAGCGACGGACGUACAGUUCUGGAAGAUCUAUGCUAGCUCUGACUCGGGAGAGCUCAGCGAGAUAGCGACCGUGGCGAAGAACGGGUUCGAGACGAGGAUAGAAUUGGAGAGGGCCGGUAGCAAGAUCGUUGUCCAGUCGGUCGGAGGGCCAAACGACGGCGUGAAGUCUGACGUCGUCAUGGCUGAGAAUUGCUAG